UAUAUGGAACGGGGCAAUGGAAAUGGAUCAGGGGCGUCUAGACUUGACCGAAACAUGAAGGAGAGAGUCCGAAGAAAGCAUAUGAAAGAUCUUCUUUCCGAGCUCGCUUUUUUGACUCCUCUACAAUCCUCUAAGGUUUCAGCGAUUGAGUUGUUGGAGCAUGCUACCAAUCAUAUAAAGCAAUUGCAAGAAAGAGUGGAGGACCGAAGGCGCCGAAGGGCAUUACUACUGAAAGAGAGUAGCGGUGAUGAAAAUAAAAAGACAAGCCGCUCAAGAUUACCUCAGGAAGGAGCCGAAGUCAUAAGUUCUACUCAGUAUGUUGCAGGCGAUAGAAUCAUAUACAUAAUUAAGUCCCAGGCCAUCAGUUCGAGGAUUGGAAUCGAAACUACAAGAAUUCGUCAGAGAAUAAAGGAUCUGUGUUUCUGAUAUCAUGGCAGAAAUUAUGGAACACACAAAGACGUACAAAAGAUGAACCCUACGGCUACUUGGUGUUACAGAAAUUUCGAAAAUAUUACACUUAGUUGUUCUAUAAUCUGAAUAAUUAGUUGUAAAGUGAUAUAACUAGGCAUGUGUUGAUAAAUCAAACUCGGUUGUAUGUUGUGAUUUUGCAGUUGAAGUUAUGACUAUGUAAAAUAACCAAAUGUUUAUGAAGUUAAAAGUAUUCACUCCUUUCAUGGCA